CAAAAUCUCUCUCCAACUCACCAUGGUCCCCAGCAAGAUCCUUGUCGUUUUCGGUAGCACCGGAAAUCAGGGUGGUUCUGUCAUCGACUAUGUCCUUAAGGAUCCCUCCCUGUCCCAAGAAUUCUCCAUCCGCGCCGUGACUCGCGAUGUGUCCGCCUCGGCGGCAGCGGCCCUCACAAGCCGAGGAGUCGAAGUGGUUCAAGCCGAUGCCGAUGACCUAGAAUCCCUCGCGCAUGCCACACAAGGCGCCAACACCACAUUCAUCAUGACCCCCUCAUCAUUCGCGGGCGAAGACGCCGAAGCAAUUGAACUCGCUCGAGGAAAAGCCAUGGCCGAUGCCGCCGUAUCCGGAGGCUCGAAAUACAUUAUCUUCAGCACCCUGCCGGACGUGAUCAAAGCCAGUGGGGGAAAGUACACCAAAGCGACAAACUUCAACGCCAAGGCGCAAAUCGAACAAUAUAUCCGGGGUUUGCCCGUCAAGAGCAUCUUUUACGCCCCGGGAUGGUUCAUGCAGAACUGCGCCCAUGUGUGGGGACCCCGACGGAUGGCCGACAACAGCCUCGCGCUGCUCGAUAUCGUCUCCCCUGGAACUAGGUUCCCGUUGAUUGAUGUUCAGGCGGACACGGGGAAGUUUCUCGCGCCGGUGCUGGCGCAGCCGGAGGCGUUCGCGGGCCAGACUUUGUCGCUGGCGAGUGAGAUCCGGACCUAUCGCGAGGUAGUGGAGAUCAUGAGUAAGGUCCGAGGGGAGACGGUGCACUAUCGACAGGUUUCGGCGGACGAGGUCUUUGGGAGCCAGUGUCCUCCGUUGAUUGUGGAGAGGAUGGGGGCGAUGAUGAGGUUCUAUGAGGAAUACCCCGUUUUUGGUCCGGACAUGGACCGCUUGGUUGCUCAGAGCGUCGCAAUGGCAGGUGGCAGAUUGACUACUUUUGAGGAGUUUCUUACAAGGCUUCAGGAGAGUGCUUAGGACGGCGUAUAUAGAUUCUGUUGUAACGAUGUCAAAUCGGUAGCAUAUAUGGACAUCUACCACACCUAUUCAGCUGUCGAAACAACUUUUUAGGCAGGUGGUUUUGCC